GCACCACCCCAGCGCACCUGCUGCUGGCAGGUGACUGGAACGCCAUGCAGGAUCCGGCUAUGGACAGGAUGGCAGGAGGAGCCGUUGGCUUGGAUGGAAUGGCAUGGGAGGAGUCGGCUCCCAUACACAACAUCAUGGCGGAACAACAGCUGGUGGAUCCAUACCGGAUCCUCCAUCCCACCCUCAAAGCCUUCACCUACCUCAAGCGCAACCGCAGCCAGCACACCUCUGCAUCACGCAUCGAUUUCUUCCUCGUAUCGGAGAGCCUCCGGGGUGCAGUUCAGUCAACAGGUAUUAGCGACCUGCUGUACUCGCCAGGACUGGACCACAAGUUCAUCUACCUGCAUCUUGUUCUAGAAGCGGCGGUAAAGAGAGGUCCCGGCUUCUUCAAAGUUAACAACUCACUCCUGGACUCACACAUUAUGAAGCGGCACAUACUGGAGACGUGCGAAGACUAUGGCACACGCACCACAUCCUUUCCACAACUGGUGGGGAGUCUUUCCAUGGCCACGGCCAAGGCAUCUUGCAUUCUGGCAGCAAGAAGAUCAGCAAAGGAGAAGGAGAUGGAAGCAGUGUUAAGACUAGCUGAGAGAAAUCUUGUGGCUCAGCCAGGCUCAACACAGCUGGAGGACGCACUGGACGCCGCCAGACAGAGACUGGCGGAGUGGAAGUGUUGGAAAGAUGCAAGCAUACGUCUUCGAGCACGAGUCAAGGAGCUGGAACAGGGCGAGAAGAUGACAAAGUACUUUUUUCAAAAUAUAAAAUCCAACACCCGGAACAAACUCAUAGAUCGCCUGUGCACAGGUGACACAGUCGCUUCAGAUCCGGAUGGCAUGCUAUCAGCGGCAUAUACACCUCCAGGGAGAAUCAAUUGCCACAAGCAGCAGUAAGGGAGGCCAGACAAGUUUCUGAAUCAUCUAGACAAGACUCUGUCGAAAGAACAGAGUGAAGAACUGGAUAAACCCCUCUCUCAAGC